CAGCGUUUUUAUGUGUAUCUAGAGUAUUUGAACUCCCACACAAAGAAAAGAUCGUCAAAACUUUUAGGCAAGUGAAAUGAAAAUGAAGCCUCUGGCUCAGGCUCUUCAUGUUCCUCCACAAACAAUCGUGUCUUCAUGUCCUAUUUACCUUCUUCCUCCCUCGCACUCCAUAUCUCUACUGCAAAAUCGAAGAAUUUCGCGUAUCUUCUGCUCCUCCAAAACGAUAGAAGAGAAAGGUUCAAAGCCGGACUACAAGCCAGGAAUCUUGGACCAUUUUUUCAUAAAUUCUUUUCGUAACAAAUUGGUAAAGGAAGUGGGAUGGGAUUCGGCCAAGCCUGGGUAUGAUGGACUGAUUGAAUUGGCGAAAGCCCUUAUGAUGAACAGCAGAAGCAAUUCUCGUACCAAAGAUGCUGCGGUUCGAAUAUUGAAGUCACUAUUCCGGCCAUUUUUGUUAGAGCUUUACAAAAUCCUUAUAGCGCCUAUAGAUGGAGGGAAGGUAGCUGCAGUGAUGGUUGCAAGGGUGACUGUACUUACUUGUCAAUGGCUCAUGGGCACAUCCAAUGUUAAUUCUGUGGAUCUUCCUGAUGGGACCUCUUGCAAUAGCGGGGUUUUUGUAGAGAGAUGCAAGUACUUAGAGGAAAGUAAGUGUGUAGGAAUUUGUAUCAAUACCUGCAAGCUUCCAACACAGAGUUUCUUCAAGGAUUGCAUGGGGGUUCCUUUGGUGAUGGAGCCAAACUUCAGCGACUAUAGCUGUCAGUUUAAAUUCGGGGUCUUCCCUCCAUUGCCGGAGAAUGAUGCUGCCCUUAAAGAGCCUUGCCUGGAUAUAUGCCCAAUUGCUAAUAAACGAAGGGAAAUUCAAAGGAACGUUGAUGUGAUGAAAUGUCCAAAGGCAUAAACCGUGCAUAACAUCUUGAUUAAGGUUUCCAACUUCGAUGGCAUUGUACUUCCCAAAAUCACGUAUGGUCAAUAUAUAAAGGUUUCUGUUUGUUA